AUUCAUUCAGUUGAGUUUUUUUUUUGAUAUUUCAAAAGUUGUGCAAGUUUAAGCCCUGUCCAUAGUAUUUCAGCCCCAAGAAUAGCAUUGAGGAUGGGCUGUUGUUGGAGCUGCGCCUGUGUCAGUUCCUAUUGGUGCUGGCUGCGGGACACCAAUUGGUUCAUUUGGAUUUGGGCCGUGAGCGGCGCCUUGGUGGUGCUCUAUAAUCUGCACUCGGGCAUCUGCCUGAUAGAGUACAUUUCGGGCUGCGGACAGGCAGGCGAAGAGACCGCAGCAACUGCUGCUGCUGCUCCUGGCACGAGCUCUAGCUUGGAUUAUGGCAUCAGGCGUGGACCGCACACCUGGCGGACAGCCAAUAACAAUCAGAGCCCCAUUAACAUUGUUAGCCGGAGCACGGAGGAGGUCUGCUUUAGCCAGGCGCUCAGAUGGAUCGGCUACGAUGAUCUACCCGUGGGCAUUCGCCUGGAGAACAACGGGCACACGCUGCUGCUGCGCGCCGCCUUCCAGGACGAGGAGACGCCCCAUCUGGGCGGCGGCGAUUUGCUGAGCUGCUUCAGCUUCCACGAGAUUAGCUUCCGCUGGAGCUGGUACAACAGCACCGGGUCGGAGCACACGCUGGACAACGAGCACUUUCCGCUGGAGAUGCAGUGCCUGCACACGGACGCCGCCAACACGGAGAACGCGUCCAGUCGAAGUCUGCUGAUGGUCUCCUACAUGUUUGCCGUGUCCGCGGAGAAUCCUUUCAUGGACGUGAUCGUUCAGCAUCUGGUCGCUGUGCAGCUGGCGGGCCAGUGCGUCGAGAUACCGCCCUUUCCGCUCAACUAUCUGAUGUCGCCCUUCUAUACGAACUUCUACAGCUACCACGGCUCCCUCACCGAGCCGCCCUGCCAUCGCGGCGCCGAGUGGUUCAUCUACCCACAGCCCAUUGCCAUCAGCGAGCGGCAGCUCCACGAGUUCCGCAAGCUGCGCAGCCGCAGCGGCGCUCGUAUUGGACGCAAUGCUCGACCAGUUCAGUCGCUGGGCGAUCGAACUGUCAAAAUCAAUUGCUAUCUCGCCUCCGAGUAGGGACGGGGCGACUCUGUAAAUGCCAUUUGUGCCAAAUGCCAAUUCAUAUUUUUACUAUAUUUUCAUAAAAAAAGCAAUUGGGUAAUGUUUAUUGAUUUAAUAGUCUA